UAGGUCAUCCUGUUCUCUGUCUCACAGUUUCUGCUCGACUCUUUAACCUCUGCUGACAGUCGACUGUUUCUGUCUUUGCAGAAUCCCUCAAUGGAUUCAGCCUGAUUGAUCGUAAUGAGUUUGGGGAGCUCAGACAUGGCUGGGGGUGCACUGGGAACGGCCUUUUCCCUCCUGCUCCUUGCCUCUAUUAUACAAGGGCUCCGGGAUGUUCAGAUGUUCCAUGAAGAAAAGAUGGAGGCAAUAGCGGGACAGGACGUUACGUUACCCUGCAUUAUAAAAAACAGCACUGGUCUCCAGAUCGUCAGUAUUGAAUGGAGGAAGAAUAGAAACGGAAACACAAAGCUGGCUCUGUACAGCUCAGCGUUUGGACGGAAACUGUUCUGGCCUAAUGUCACCUUGCAGAUUGAGAACAGGUCCAUAGGCUCCUACCUACACCUUUCAGGGGUGACAAAAUGGGACAGUGAUAUCUAUAUCUGUGACCUUACAACCUUUCCCCUGGGCUCCAUCAGGAGAGAAACAGAGCUGGAGAUCAAAGAUGCUGAAAUAAUAUGCGAUGUGGACGGCGCUGUUGAGGUGCAUGCCGGAGAAAAUGUGACCAUUAAUUGCACACGGCUCCCAAAUGUACAGUACAAGUGGACCAAGAACAAGAAGCUGGUGUCAGAGAAUGAAUCUCUGGAGCUCUCAUGGGUGACUGACACUCACACAGGGGUUUACACACUGACUGUCAGCACCGGAAACACAAGUCUGCACAAAGAGUUUAUCAUCACAGUGCUGACAGCAACCACAAGCUUGUCACACCGUGAUCUUGUGACAGUGUCACCGCAGUCUAAUGUAACUGAGGACGGUUUGGUCGAAACAACAGACAGCGGCAUCACCACAUCGCCCACCACCGGGUUUUCAACCACUGACACCAAGCGAACGGGCACCGGUGUGACAGAUGAUAAUCCAAACCCCACCAAUGCUACAAUCACAGCUGGAGAGCAUGUAACAUCUUAUAAAAAUCAUACACAUAUCAGCACCACAUCAUCUCCUGUCACACACACUGACCGCUAUCAUUUCAACAACUCCAAUCAGGAGAUAAACCCGACUCGCACUUUAAACACAUCCACUUUGCCUGACCAAUCAGUUGCCAGCUAUCAACCCACAACAUUAAGUAAUGGUAGCAAGGUGUUCAGACCAACACAAGAGACAAGGAACGAGUCUGUGCCGCAUACAGUGCAUCCAGUGGUCAACUCCUCAACCUGCCCGGAGGAAUCCAGCACCCUGGGAAGCAUUACAGAAAACUCUGGUGCAACCCCAACCCAGAGCAUUCUAAAUAUAAAGGCCUCUGAAGAUGAAGAUACGAAUGGUGUACGGAGUCAUCUGUUGUUGGUGUUAAUCAUCCUUCCAAUGCUGGUAUUGAUCGCGGUGGCCGGCCUCCUCUACAGGAAACAAAUUAUAAAGCAAAGGAUGGACCUGCCGCCUCCGUUCAAACCCCCUCCUCCACCAGUCAAGUACACAGCUGCAAGAAACAGUGAGAUUUCAGCCCAGCCCUUCCCCUCUUCAAGGUGUAACUCAGUAACACAACUUAAAGAUAUGAAACUGAGGUGUACUGAUGUAUAAUGCCUGAUGUAUUGCACAAUGACAGUUGAUGAUUUGCAUGCAGUAUUUAUGGGGAUAUAGCGGAAGUUGUGUCUUGCUUUGGGUACAUGCAGAAUUACUGAAUGUAUUGUUUCAGGUGGGUUCUUUGCUAUUGUGUAUAAAAUGUGCUCAUGGUUUCGUUUUUUGUUUCAGAUGUAUUAAAAUCCAUGAAAAAGUUAUAAUAUUUGAAAAUAAAAGCUGGUUGAAUUUGA